AGAGCAACGACCAACAGAUCAGUAGAGGAAAACAAAACGUACACAUAUACACAGAUAUAUUCACCCACAUUGAAGAUGCAAGAUGAAGAAAGAUACAUGACAUUGAAUUUACAAUGGAAAAAAAGGAGUUCUAUCGAAACAUCCCAACUUAAAUUUAAAGAUUCUUCUGUGAUGUUGCCUUGGUCUAAAAUCUUACUGGGGAUAUCUGGAACCAUAAAUGGUAUUCUGGUUUUGACUUUGAUUUCCCUGUGUUUACUGGUUUCUCAGGGAGUAUUGCAAAAAUGCCAAAAAGGAAAUAAUUCAAAUCUCACCCAACACGAUGACAUUGGAAACCCAAAAAUGAAUAAUGGCACAAGAGGAAAUAUAAGUAAUAAGGACAAAAGCCACUGUGGCUCACAAGCUACCGACCAUACAGGAUUGUGCCCAUCAGAAUGGCUCAAAUAUCAUAAAAAGUGUUAUUGGUUCUCUAAUGAGAUGAAAAGUUGGAGUGACAGUUAUAGGUAUUGUUUGGGAAGAAAAUCUCAUCUACCAAUCAUUCAGGACCACAUUGAAAUGGCUUUUAUACAGAAAAACCUAAAACAAUCAAACUACGUGUGGAUUGGGCUCAACUUUACAUCCCUGGAAAAGGCAUGGACCUGGGUGGAUGGUUCUCCAUUAGAUUCAAAGACAUUUGUCAUAAAAGGACCAGCUAAAGAAAAUAGCUGUGCUGCUACCAAAGAAAACAAAAUUUACUCUGAAACUUGCAGCAGUGUUUUCAAAUGGAUUUGCCAAUAUUAG